CAAUACGUAAUAAUAUAACGUAAACAAUUAUUUUAUUUUAUGAUAUAAUUUUAUUAUAUCUUUUGAAAAGUAGAUCUAUGAAAAACUCGUCACACGAGAAGUUAAGUCGACAUUAUUUUCUAUUGUCAACUAAGAGUCAAUGUACCGCGUGAAAAAAAUCUAAUGGGCAAAGUUCAUUAAUAAAACAAUUGUCCAGCAUAACAGGUGUCGUGAAUACACGCUUUGUUUUUAUACUCGUUAUAAAUAAUUAUGUCAUUAUAUAACAUCGUGAAUGUAAUCGUUUCGUGUGAUCUGUAAAUAUAAUGUAAAUCUGUUUACACAGUUAAUAUACUAUGUGAAUCAUAUGUCAUUUGCAUUGUAUUACGUUAUUUUCUAUUUAUCAAAAAUAAUAUUCUUUUUCCUCAUCUCUCUCACUCUCCGAAAGAUUCAAAUUUACUUUGUGCACGGCUAUUUCUCUCAACGUAUGUUCAACAAUUACACGCGGGUUACAUAAAGGCCUAGUAAUUCACAUAUUAAUUCAACGUAAAAAUAUAAGUGGAACUAUGGAACUAUACGCCGAGGUAAACUACAUGCCAGUCUUAUAAUUUAUUACUCCACGUGGUUGCACGUAUACUCAAAAGAGAAGAAAACGAACGGAAGAAAUAAACGCCAUAAUAUUCCACCUGAGAUACCUUGCGUUGCCCGUGUGUUCAAUCCCGUAUCGCCCAAGAGAGUUUUCACCCUCGCUGCAUGAACUUCAUAAUAAGAAAUUGUGAGGGAAGUGUAAGAAUAACGGUUGAAACGCGCUCGUAGCUCUCUACGUAAUAUGAAAACCGCACCGACGUUAGAUAGAGUUAUUGCCUUCCUGAAGAUGGAUUUAUUAUUUGCUUGUUGCUGGCCUCUACCCCGGACUGCCACAAAAUUUCAAAUUGUUUGUGAUAAAAUCUUUCGUUACCUGUCAAUUAUAAAUGGUGCAUUAAUAAUCCUCGAAUUGACGUAUUCAAUUAGUAAUCAUUUAGACAAUGUUUUUCUGAUUAUGCAAUUAGCUUGUGCGUUGGGCAUUUUUUGUGAAGUUCCAUUGCAGAUAUAUUUAUUUACGCGACAGCACGAUCGUCUGCAGAAUGUAAUUUGCGAGAUGGAGGAUUAUUACAAACAAGCAAACGCUGAAGAAAAGGAUAUAUUUCAACAAUAUAUUGACAAAUAUAUUCUAUUUUAUGGAACUACAUUGGCAUUAACCGCUGCAUCCUUAAUUGGUUCGCUCUUAGUGCCGUUACUUCGGUCCCGCAUGUUUCCGCUAGAAAUAGAAUAUCCAUUCCGCGUUGACUACCAACCGAUGACAGCGAUGAUCUAUUUUCAUCAAGCACUCGGUAUGUAUCAAGUCUAUUGUCAAGUGAGCGCUAAUGUUUUCCUCGCUCUUCUACUAUGGUUUACAACGGCUCGUUUUGAGAUCUUGAGCAAGAAAUUCCGUGCGAGCGUUAAAUAUUCUGAUUGGAAAACAUGUAUACAAGAGCAUCAGAAAACUCUAAGAUAUGCACAAGAAAUGAGUAAUUCUAUCUCACAUGUAGUGCUAUCAUCGCUUGGUGUUAGUACUGCAGCGCUAGUAUUCGGAGGCGUUACGUUCCUCAGCCAAUUUCCACCAUCCGUAAAAAUUCAAUAUAUUAUUGUAUGUUCUACGUCGUUGACAAAAGUACUCCUAUGCGCAUGGCCGGCUGAUCAUCUAAUGAGAACAAGUUCUAAUAUUGCUGAGGCAGCCUAUAAUUCAUUAUGGUACAAUCAAAGCAUCGAAUCACGAAAGAUUAUGUUGUACACUUUGCUACGAUGCCAACGAGCUGUAAUUAUAUCCGUUCCCGGAUUAUUAAGAGCUUUAACUUUUCAGCACUAUUCUUCUGUAAGAGAACGCCAAGCAAUGUUAAUCUCUAAUCAUAUAUAGCAUAUAAUGUAAUUCAUGGUGCAACAAAGAAAGUAUUUCUCAUUCAAGAGCAUAAAUGAAAAAUAUAAAAUAUAACUUUUGAUGCUAAUUUGACAUAAUUGUAUCAUCAAUUACAAUAUGUGUACUUUGUAUUUAAUUUUACUUCUUUUCUAAUUUAGAAUACGAUAGCAAUAAUAUUAAAUUAUUAUAUCAAAUUUGACUGUCAUCCAAUUAUUUUUACAAGUUUUAUAAUUUCAAUGAUUUUACAGUAUGUUUCAACGGCGUUUUCUUACUUAACAACAUUUCGCAUAAUUCUUUCCGAAAAAACGUAGUUCCAAAGAAAGAAUUAAAUUUCCUGGAACAAAGCAACUUUGUCUAUAUAUUUAGUAAUACGGAAUACACGCCGGUUUUCAAAAAAUAAAUGUAU